GAGUAGAGCCACAUGCCGAACACCAGUAUGGGCACUGAAGCCCAGGUAAUCCAAUUCAUUGUGUACCAGAGAGAAGGUACAGGUUAAAGAUCUGUAGUGCUCGAGGCGUGGGAGUGGAGGAGGUUUGGGGGUGCAUCUAUCUAUGUGAGUCUCGCCGGUAGGAGCUUGGGCCCCUCUUUCCGAAAGCUUUCCGUGCGGUCCGACGCGUCGUGAAUAUUGCUCCUCCACUUCCACUGUCCAUCUCACAUCGCCACGCCUCCUCCUCAACGACUCAUCCCCCAAGCAAUUGGCAGCAGCCGGCCCCCUGAAUUGUGUCUCGAGCUAGCUCAUGGCUGGUAACCGGAAAGAACGCCGGGCAGCUGCCAAGAGUGCAAGCGUCAAGGAGAGGGUGAGCACAGCGUCCGGUUUCGAGCCGACGACGGAGAUCGAUGAGAAUGGCGUUGAGUACCUGUUGCGGCACCCGGACCGAUCUGGGCCGAAGGGAAAGACGUUGUUUGAACUUGCAGAAGAACGGCAAAGAGAACUGGACAAGCGGAACCCACACAAGCGCCCUCGAGUUUCGGACGAGAUUCCCGAGCCAGAAGAACCCAUAGGCCCUCUUGGGGACGCCAUCUUAUACUCCAUCACUCUUGCUACCUUGCACCUUACGCUCGAUGUUAUUGUGUACAGCCAAUACAGGGAAGAGGUGGUCUGGUCCGAAAUCGCCCAAAGGGCAGGCACAGCACUGCCGAUCUUCUUCCUGCUCGUCUAUAUACUUCACGUCGAUUUCUCCCGCCGCUUGCCAACCCUCCGCAACCUAUUCUUCUUCGUGGUGAGCGUCGUGGCGGGCUGUUACAUGGUAUACUCUGGAAAUGUGAACGGCUAUUUCUUCGUGAUGAAGACUGCGCCCCCCAUCGGAGCUCUCUGGAUCUGGAGUGUGGUUGAGAUGGAUCUCGCAUACGCCGCCACCAGCUGCGUUGCUGUAGUUGGCUAUUUAUGGUGGAAUGGUUUUGAUGCCUUUUAGAAAG